AUGUUCAUAAAUAGUGCAUAAAAUAUUUGAAAACAGAAUUUAAUUAUAAAAAUGUAUGAUAUAACUAUUGACUUUUUCUAGACAACUAAAUUUGUUUUUUUUUUUUUAAUUUGUUUUAUUCUUUAUAAUGGAUAAAAUGACACGUCUGGCGCGUGAACAACGCGGAACUUAACUAAACCAAAACCUUUAAAAACACAAACAACAAUCAUAAAUCAUACACAUCAUCUACAAUUCAUAUACCUUUGUAAACGCGGAAAACUUAAAUUGUUUUGUAUACAAUAGUUUUUUUAGUACAAAACAAUUUAAUCACACGUUUAGAUUUAGUAUAUACCUACGGGUUAGCAGAUUAUUAUUUUAGUAUUUGCACUCUUACUUAAUGUUGGAAGACUAAAGACUACAUUUUUAAUUUCAAAAAAAUGACUAGUAGUAAUUUUAAUUUGUGUUUCUUGGCACUUGUACUUUGUAUGACUAACAUACGUUCAGAAACUGAUGUAUAUACACAGUCGAGAAAACCACAUAAUAUAUUACGAACAUGUCAUCGAAGUGAUCCAAAUUUGAAUGACUGUAUAAAAGGUGCCAUCGAAGACCUAAGGCCGCAAUUGGCGAGAGGGAUCCCAGAAUUAUUUAUACCCUCGUGUGAACCACUUUACAUACCUGAAAUUGUGAUGAACCAAGGUAAUAAAGGAAGUGUUAGUGUACAAUCAAUUUAUCGAGAUAUUCGUGUGUAUGGGCCAAGUCAAUUUAUUUUAAAAAAUGUCAAAGUGGAUUUGGAAAAAGAGAGAAUUCGAAUUAAAGUGUGGUUACCUUUUCUACAUAUGACAGCCAAUUAUACUAUUGAAGGAAGAAUUUUAAUGUUACCUAUCUCUGGAGCUGGUUUAAGCGAAGGAAAUUAUACAAAUAUUGAAGCUAAUGUCCUCGUCCAAUGUAAUACUAUUCAAAUUGGAGGUAAAAAACACUUCAAUGUCCAAGAUGUAGCCAUUGAUUUUCAAAUCGGUCAUGCAAGCAUUUACCUCAGUGACUUAUUUGAAGGCGACAGGGAACUAGGCGAAGCGAUGAAUACGUUUUUAAAUGAUAAUUGGAGACAUGUUGCUCAAGAAUUCAAACCUAUUCUCGAAGAAACAAUUGGUGAUCUAUUCAAAAAAUUCGCCAACAAAUUGUAUCACACAUACUCGUUAGACGAAUUACUACCCAUUUAAGUAUUAUGUAUUAAAAAUAAUCCAUAAAUUAUUGUAAAUAUUUGGUGUUAUUUUUUAAAUGUUUUGUACUUAAAUUUGUAUUAUUAUUUAUUAUUUUAUAUUUAUGUUGUAUAAGGUUUUUCAAUUAUAACAAAUAAUACGUUUAACCACAUUGAAUACUUGUCAUAUUAUUUUUUAAAUUGUAUCUUUCAUUACACUAUGUUACAUAGUAGGUAUAUUAUACUCAAUAAUUCGGUAUUAAAAAAUAAUAAUAA